AUGUUUCUUCUGAAGCUGUUUUUCGUGGCUCUUGCUUUGAUGAGUUGUUCUGGUAGUCUUUCUGAACCGUGGGAAGAAGAAGAAGAGGAUGAAGAGGAAGCAGUGAUCAAUUAUGUGACAGGAUCGAUCUGGCCGAAGCCUCAAUCUUACAACACAACUGGCAAGGUCUACACGCUCACAUCGAAGAAUUUUUCUUUCGAUUCAACGGGUGAAACCAGUGAUGUACUGAAACAAGCGUUAAUGCGCUACAAGGUUUUGGUUUUUCCAGAUGCUGUCGAAAAACCUAAAGACGGGUUGUCGCAAAUUAUUAAACUGACCGUAAAGGUGUUGAACAAAUACGCUCCGUUGUCGCUAGAAUCUGAUGAGUCCUAUAUCCUUGUUGUUGAUGCACCUACUUCUUCUUUGACUGCCAACACAGUAUGGGGUGCAUUACGAGGUCUUGAAACAUUCAGUCAAGUUGUUUAUCAAGAUCAAAUGGGAUUGUAUUUGGCCAAUGGCUCAAAAAUAGCCGAUCAUCCAAGAUUUCAACACAGAGGGUUCAUGAUUGACACUUCAAGGCACUACUUACAUCCAUCUAUCAUCCUCAAGUUUAUUGAUGCAUUGUCAUACAGCAAGUUUAAUGUUCUUCAUUGGCAUGUUGUGGACGAUCAAUCCUUUCCUUUUGUCAGUGAAACUUUUCCACAACUAAGUGGGCAGGGUGCAUAUAACAAUAAAACUCACAUCUUCACAAAAGACGAUGUAAAUGAUAUUGUGGAAUAUGGAAGGAUGCGUGGAAUCAGAGUUGUUCCAGAAUUUGAUACACCAGGUCACACGAGAUCCUGGGGAAGCAUAGAAAACCUCUUAACACCUUGUUAUUCUGAAGGAAAACCAUCAGGAACAUUUGGACCAAUAAACCCAACUCUGGACUCCACCUACACUUUCUUGAAGAAAUUCUUUUCAGAGGUUGCUGAAAAAUUUCCUGAUCAUUAUCUUCACUUGGGAGGAGAUGAAGUUAGGGACACCUGUUGGGCAAGUAAUCCGAACAUUACAACGUGGAUGAAGAAAAUGGGAUAUGGGCAAAACUAUUCUUUGCUUGAGCAGUAUUAUGAGCAACACCUACUGUCAAUUGUGGAGGGACUUGGUAAAAGUUAUAUUGUGUGGCAAGAAGUUGUGGAUAACGACAUCAAAGUACUUCCCGAUACUGUGGUGAAUGUUUGGAAAGCGGGCUGGAAAAAGGAAAUGGAAAAAGUCACAAGCAAGGGAUUGAGAACAAUUCUGUCGGCUUGUUGGUACCUGAACAGAAUACAAUAUAGAAUUGACUGGGAUAAGUACUACACCUGUGAACCAACAGACUUCACUGGUACUGAAGAACAAAAAGAGUUAGUGAUAGGUGGUACUGGGUGUAUGUGGGGAGAGUACGUUGAUGGAACCAAUAUUCUCCCAAGAACAUGGCCCCGCGCUCUGGCAGUAGGAGAGAGACUGUGGAGUAGUAAGGAUACAACUGACUUAAAUGACGCUAAAAUGCGACUCUGGGAGCACAGGUGUCGUUACGUCAG